GAACGGAAAGGCCAGUCAGUGCGCCUUCCCCGGAGGAAAGGUGGUGCAAUGCGCGAUCGAUAAAAUGGAACACCCGAUCAUCAUGCGGAUUUUGACGUAUAUGAGCGGGAACCAGUCGGUUUCGUGGACGUAUCUGACGCAGGUGAUGUACCGAUCGAUCAGCUUUGUGAAUCAUCAUCGACUCUGUAUUACCAACGGGAAGAAUCAGAUCGAAUGCGUGGAGACGCAGGAUGAGAUCAAGGACGAUAUUUACGACGUGAUGAUUCAGCGAUGCAAGCAAAAAUACUCCACCGAUGUGCGAAUUGGAUCGCGUUUCUCCCCCCUAGGUGACAAAAAACAUGGAGAUUUUCGCGGAGCAAUAUCACUCCACGCACUCCAACGAAAACACCGAGCUGUUUUUCUUCUGGUGUCUGUACCACUCGAUCUCCGCCCUGGACGAAGAGAAUCUGAGCGCCGGCUCGAUGGUUUCGGAUCCCUUCCAAGCGGUGAAAAACAGCCACGAAGCGUGCUGGAUGGACACGGGCUUGUUCGCGAUCUUUAAGAACUUCUCGAGUGAUUCGCAGGAGGAGAGGUGCGGGCGGAUUAUUGUGUACAAGGCGGAAGAGAAGGAGCGAAUUCUGAAGAAGGUGUUGGAGGCGUAUUCGAUGUAUCAAGGCAAAUACAAAAGCGACUGCUUUCGCCACGUUCUGAUCCUCGUAGUGCAGUGCAAAUUCGAAGAAGCGAUCCAGUUUAUCAACUAUUACAUCUCUUCUCUCGUGAAUUCGAAGCAGAACGAUUUCACCUCCACGGUGAUUGAUCGUCUUUUGGUCCUCUGCAAUAUCCUCACCGCCGUUCUCAGUUUGAAAGGCGACACGAAAUUGCUCGCUUCCAACAUCGAAUUGCAGCUCAAUCAUUUCUCGUAAUCGCGCCGAUGGAGUGUAACAAGCAGGAAAACGGC